AUGGCUGGUGGUGGAGGUGCAGCGCCGGCGCCGAAGGCCGAUGAUUUGGUGCCUCAUCCCGUGAAGGAUCAGUUGCCCAACGUCUCUUACUGCAUCACUAGCCCGCCCCCAUGGCCGGAGGCUAUUCUGCUUGGUUUUCAACAUUAUUUGGUUGUGUUAGGCACAACUGUGAUCAUCCCCACCGCACUUGUUCCUCAGAUGGGAGGGGGUAAUGAUGAGAAGGCUAGAGUAAUUCAGACGUUGCUCUUUGUGGCUGGUAUAAACACACUGUUACAGUCUUUUUUUGGCACUCGCUUGCCAGCGGUGAUUGGAGGGUCUUACACUUUUGUUGCACCGACCAUCUCCAUCAUUCUGGCCGGUCGAUAUAGUGACAUUGCUGAUCCUCAUAGGAAAUUUCUACGAAUCAUGAGAGGGACACAAGGUGCCCUAAUUGUCGCAUCAACGCUUCAGAUUAUUGUGGGGUUUAGUGGCCUUUGGCGCAAUGUCACCAGAUUUCUAAGUCCAUUGUCAGCCGUUCCUGUAGUCGCACUUGCUGGGUUUGGGCUUUAUGAGUUAGGCUUCCCUGCGGUCGCUAAAUGUGUUGAGAUUGGGCUCCCAACAAUAAUCAUACUGAUUUUUAUUUCACAGUACAUGCCUCAUGCUGUACAUGCAGAGAAGCCAGUAUUUGGUCGGUUUGCAGUCAUCUUUUCUGUUGCAAUUGUAUGGUUGUAUGCAUAUUUUCUCACCAUCGGUGGGGCCUAUAAGCAUACCCCACCAAAAACACAAUCACACUGCCGUACGGAUCGUUCUGGCCUUGUUAGCUCGGCUCCCUGGAUUAGAGUUCCAUACCCUUUUCAGUGGGGGGCACCAUCAUUUGAUGCUGGGGAAGCCUUCGCGAUGAUGGCUGCUGCAUUUGUUGGUCUAGUAGAGUCUACUGGGACUUUCAUUGCCGUGUCUAGGUAUGCGAGUGCAACUCCACUGCCUCCAUCCGUUCUAAGUCGUGGAAUUGGUUGGCAGGGAAUUGGCAUCUUGCUGGAUGGUUUGUUUGGAACUUCAAGUGGCUCCACUGUAUCAGUAGAAAAUACUGGUUUGCUGGCUUUGACGCGAAUUGGCAGCCGAAGGGUAGUUCAGAUUUCAGCAGGAUUUAUGAUUUUCUUUUCUAUUCUUGGCAAGUUUGGAGCAGUUUUUGCAUCCAUUCCAUUGCCCAUAUUUGCAGCUCUAUAUUGCAUUUUCUUCGCCUAUGUUGGUUCUUGCGGAUUAAGCUUCUUACAAUUCUGCAAUCUGAAUUCAUUCAGAACCAAGUUUAUCUUAGGAUUCUCUCUCUUUAUGGGCUUAUCAGUACCUCAGUACUUCAAUGAGUAUACUGCGGUUGCUGGGUAUGGUCCAGUUCAUACAAGUGCAAGAUGGUUCAAUGAUAUUAUCAACGUUAUAUUCUCAUCAAAGCCAUUCGUUGCUGGUGUUGUGGCAUUCUUCCUGGACAACACACUUCACCGGCACCACAGUGCCAUCAAGAAGGACAGAGGUUAUCAUUGGUGGGAUAAAUUCCGAUCCUUUAAGACCGAUAAUAGAAGUGAGGAGUUCUAUUCCUUGCCAUUCAACCUAAACAAGUUUUUUCCUUCUGUGUGAGCGCAGAGCUAUGCUAUUAUUUUGUCAUUCCUAGUUAUUUUCUUGUUUCGCAGUUCUGAAUUUUAGUGAUAUGUUAUUUAAAAUGCAUUAAUAUUUUACAUUUUUUGCUGAAUAUAUAUAUGUGCUUAAUUUAUAUAUUUCAUGUUUUAUGAAUGCUUCCGGUUUGUCUUCUUUUUU